GAGGUGUAGACGAGCCGGCUGUAUAUAAGCGUUCAGAACGUGGUACAGAGCAUCAUACAACCACGAGACCUCCGCGAGUCAACAUGAAAGCGUUCUUGGUUUUAGCAGCCGUUGCGGCUAUCGGCUCGGCUCGGCCCGAGGCGGGAUACAGUUACAACGCGCCUGGAGGCGGCGGUCACGGAGCAGGCAUCGGUGGAGGUCUCGGAGGGGGCCAUGGCAUCGGUGGCGGCCUCGGCGGAGGACUCGGAGGUGGAUUCUCCUCUGGAGGUCUGAGCUCCAGCAGCUUCGGAAUCGGCGGUGGCGGUUUCGGAGGCGGCAUUGGCGGUGGAAUCGGUGGUGGAGUAGGAGGCGGAUUCUCCUCAGGCGGCUUCUCAUCCGGUGGAUUCUCAUCCGGAGGCGGCGGUGGAUUCGGAGGCGGCUUUGGAGGUGCCCCCAUUGUGCAGAAACACAUCUACGUCCACGUCCCACCCCCAGAACCUGAAGAACAACGCCCACAAAUCAUCUCCGGUGGUGCCAUUCCCCAGAAACACUACAAGAUCAUCUUCAUCAAGGCCCCAGCACCUCCCGCGCCCGUCGCGCCCAUCAUCCCCGCUCAAGCCCAAAACGAAGAGAAGACCCUCGUCUACGUGUUGGUCAAGAAACCCGACGAACAACCCGACAUCACCAUCCCCACCGCUGCCCCAACUCAACCCUCAAAACCCGAAGUAUACUUCAUCAAAUACAAGACCCAGAAGGAAGGUGGCUCCAUCGGUGGUGGUUCUAUUGGCGGUGGUAUCGGAGGCGGUAUUGGCUCUGGAAUCGGAUCUGGUAUUGGCGGUGGUGUGUCUGGCGGUAGCAUCGGCGGUGGUCUCUCCAUCGGCGGCGGUCACGGCGGUAGCAUCGGAGGAGGACACGGUGGUAGCAUCGGCGGUGGCAGCAUCGGCGGUGGCAUCAUCUCCGGCGGCCACGGCUCCUCAGGAGUCAGCUCCUCAUACGGCCCCCCCGGCCACUCCGGCCCCUACUAAACGCACCGAGCGUGCUCCCAUGUGAUACCUGCAUAGCCGGCGACAAAAUCUAGUUUUAAGUAGAGAAAAAAUUACGGUGCCUAAAUGUAUUUAUGUAAAUAGUAAUUUUAAUGUCUAAUUAUAGUUGUAUUAUAAAUAUUUUUGCAUAAAAAUAUCGAUAAAGAAACGUA